AUGAAGUUCUCCACCAUCUUUGUUGCCGCCUUCGCCACUCUUGCUGCCGCCGCGCCAGGCUUCCCCGCCUUCCAGGGCCGCGCCGCGCUCAACGAAAGCCGCGAUGGCCGUGAUGGCCGCGAUGGCCGUGGAGGCCGUGACGGUGGUGAGGAUCGUGACGGACGCGACGGACGCGACGGACGCGACGGACGGGAGGGCGGGCGUGGCAACGAGCUUGCCUUCGGCCAGAUUGAUCUCAACUACCUGCUCAAGGUCAACUCUCUUGACCUGCGUCUGUUCCAGACCCUCGGACGCAGGAACAACCUCAACGUGAUCAUCUUCCAGGACCUCUUUGCUUCCAAGGAAUUUAGCCUCGAGUCGCUGCUGCAGUUCCAGCAACUCUCAACUUUCCUCUCGAUCGCCAGCACAGGCAUCUUUGACAGGUUGGACCUGUCCAGACUGUCGCUCGGCAGCGUCGAACUCGGCCUCAUUCGGGAUAUUGGCCGCGUCGAUCUGGCCCAGUUUAUUGAUCAGUCCUUGGUCCCUCAGAUUACCGUCAUUUCUCAAGAGAUAACCACUGUUGUAAUCGCCAAGGAGUAA